AUGGACUUUUCCAGAAAAUUGAACCGUUCCAGCUGCGGAUCCCUCCUCGCCGGGGCGGCCCGAAUCCCGGUGGCGGCGGAUGUGCUUCGCUGGGGCCGAAAAGAUGAAGGGAAGCAGGGAUGUUUCCGGCUUUUUGGAGGUGGAAAAGAGCAGGAAAUCGGCAGGGUGGCCGUAGCGGCGUUGUUUCUGGCUCUGCUCGUCACCGCCACGACCUUCGCGGCGCAGGCCUUCCAGCCUCGCGUCCGACCUUGCCUUCGGUGCCCGUUCGACUGGAUCGGGUACAGAGGGAAGUGCUACUCUUUCUCGGAGGCCGAGGCGAACUGGACGUCCAGCCGGGACAACUGCUCCGCUCUUGGUGCCUCCUUGGCCAUGUUUGAUAGUACGGAGGAUUUGAGCUUCAUGACGAGGUACAAAGGCAUCUCGGAGCAUUGGAUCGGCCUUUCACGGGAAGACGAGCAGCAGCCUUGGCAGUGGAUAAACAGCUCGCGCUUGCAUCCCCUGUGAGUCUUUCUAAGCGUUCUUGAUCGUGACGGGUUUCUCCCGAAAACGCCCGAAACGCCUGCCCGUCCGCAGGUCGGU